GUCGGACAUUUUCCAAUCUGUGUCCUCCCUUGUCUUUUCACAUUAGCCCCUCUCAGUUUCAAGCUCAGAUUUCUCUCCCCCAGAGUUUCUCUUUUUUGUUUUUCUCUUUUCCUGCUCUUGUUUUUUAUUAUUCAAUCCUUUCUGUCUUUAAAAUGGCAAUAGAGAUUUAACAAAGUCUCAGCUUCUUGAAUGAUUGUUAGCUAAAAUAUUGUAAUUGUUAUAUUUUCAAGGCGUUGAAGAGUUUCUUCCUCUUUGUAAGGUGCAGGGUUUAGUCUCUUUAGACUUUGAAGGGGUCGGCAAUAGGGGGUGUCCUUUGUGUUUUCUUGAGGCGUACGUCCCUAUGAAGAGAAUUUGACAAAGUCUCGCACGGUUCUUAAGGGAAUUUCGCUUGUGCAUCUGCACUUAACUUGCAUGCUGAAAAAAGUCUGAUGGACCUUUACUGGAUAAAUGAACUUGUACACAGUCAUUAUCCAUGGAGAGUAAAUUGUUUUGUGGUGUUUUCAUGAACAUGGAGUUCAAUGGAUGAAAAUUUGAAAGUAUUUAGGGGUGGUGUGCGCAUGAAAUAACUCCCAAAGCUUGUAAAUUUACCACUUGCUAGCAUUUUUGUGACUGCGAGUUUCAAAGCUCUGCUACGUUCUUCUUAGACAUCUCAUUUGCUUUUAUAUCAGUGGAUUUUCGUUUGCUGUUAUUAUCCAUGGAGAGUAAAUUGUUUUGUGGUGUUUUCAUGAACAUGGAGUUCAAUGGAUGAAAAUUUGAAAGUAUUUAGGGGUGGUGUGCGCAUGAAAUAACUCCCAAAGCUUGUAAAUUUACCACUUGCUAGCAUUGUUGUGACUGCGAGUUUCAAAGCUCUGCUACGUUCUUCUUAGACAUCUCAUUUGCUUUUAUAUCAGUGAAUUUUCGUUUGCUGUUAUUUCAGUGGAUUGGAUAUCGCGUUCUGAUAACUUUUUGUUUAGAAUGAAGGCUGAUUGUUCCAAGUGUAGCCUAAGCAAUGCUGUGUGAUACGAUCCGAAGGCUCUAGUUCCUACUGGAGGAUAGGAUUCCAAGAUAUUUUGAAAGGAUUAAUUGUAUUAUAUUAGUUUAAGAAAGUGGUUCUCCUGCCCAUGUUGAAUUGAAUAGUAGGUGUCACUUGGCCUGAAUAAAAAAAGAAAUGGAAUAACCACAAAAUUAUGCAGAACCACGGAAAGUGCUAUCAAUUUGUUAAUUCCCCACAUGUUUUCUCUCAGCUAGAUUCAUAAAUUAUCCAUUCCUACCGAGAUGCCUAGUUUACAAAUAGAGACAAGCAUAUAAAGCUUUCAACUUGUCUUUUUGUGCGUGUCCUUGAAUUGGCUGCUGCUUCUGUUCUUCUCUCCACCAGUUUCUUUUUUUCCCGCGUUUAAAGUCCGACUCCUUUAUUCUUUCAAUAGGAAAGCAAAUUGGGAACUCUUAAAGGUAAAAGAAGAAACAAAAUGAAACUCUAUCCUCCAUUAAUGGCCUUGAUAUAGGUGCUGAAGUAUUUGCUUUUCUCUUUGCUUAAACCCAUUAUCUUCACCAUCAUCAUCCUCAAUCUUUUUUGUACUCACCUUUCGCCCUUUUGAUUUGCAAUCGCAUAAUUUCGGUUAUGUGAUCUUCUUACCAUCAUUGCAAUUGUCACUAUUUUCAAUAAUUUCUGCAGAUGGAUUCAGUAAAACCAUCGGCCGUGACUCCUAGGAAGAGUAAAUUUGCACGCACUGUAGCCAAAGUUCUUCAUCUUCGAGCAGCAAGUGGGAUUGCUCCUGUUGACGGGGUUCAGAAAGUUGUGGCCCAAGAAAAGGUCAAGGAUGACAAGCAUCGCCAUAAAAGCGCAGCUAGCCGGCCACAAUCAUUUGACAUUAAUGAUAACGAUGAACAUGAAAAAAGCUUGGCCUUGGAAGUACUCAUUGCCAAACUGUUUGCUAGCUUAUCAUCUGUAAAAGCUGCAUAUGCUCAGUUACAGUAUGCUCAGUCUCCUUAUGAUGCUGAUGGGAUUCAAGGAGCUGACCAUUUGGUAGUCUCUGAGUUGAAGAAUCUGUCUGAUUUGAAGCAGUGCUACAUAAAAAAACAGUUCGAUCCUUCUCCUGACAUCUCUCUGGUUUUGGCUGACAUUCAAGAGCAGAAGAGUCUUUCAAAGAUCUAUGAGAUAAUGGGGAAGAAAUUGGAGUCUCAGUUGAGGCUCAAGGAGUCAGAGAUCAUGUAUCUGAGAGAAAAAAUGGAAGAAUCUAAUAGACAAAAUCGAUUACUUGAGAAGAGGUUAAAUCAAAGUGGACAUUUAUCUAUGCCUGGCAAUCUACGGCAAUCAGGCUUAAGUCCCAGCCAUUUCAUUACAGUUCUACGACAUACAGACAAGUCCAUUCGAAGCUUUGUCAAGUUGAUAAUUGAUGAGAUGAAAUCUGCUGGUUGGGAUCUAGAUGCUGCCGCCAAAUCUAUUGUAUCCGAUGUGGCCUACUGGAGAGCAGAUGACAAAUGUUUUGCAUUUGAAAGCUUUGUUAGCAGAGAGAUGUUCGAUGGUUUCCAUUUGCCUAAUUUCUCUCUACAGGAAGAAUCUCUACCAGAGAAAAAGAAUCAGCAACAGUUGUUUUUCAGGAGAUUCACUGAACUGAAAUCCGCGAAAGCAACUGAAUACAUUGCCCAAAAGCCCAAAUCAACAUUUGCAAAAUUUUGUCGUGCCAAGUAUUUGCAACUUAUUCACCCCCAGAUGGAAACGUCCUUUUUAGGCAAUCUGAGCCAAAGAAGCCUCGUGAAUUCAGGUGAAUUUCCUGACAAUAGUUUUUUUGCCACAUUUGUUGAAAUGGCUAGGCGGGUCUGGCUACUACAUUGCCUGGCCUUUUCUUUCGACCCAGAAGCCUCAAUCUUUCAAGUCCGUAGAGGGUGUCGUUUCUCUGAAGUUUACAUGGAAUGUGUUGCGGAAGAUGCACUUCUUUCAGAAAAUGCACCGGAAGCUGAUCCACCAGUGGCAUUCACCGUAGUUCCUGGGUUUAGGAUUGGUAAAACUGUUAUACAGUGCCAGGUCUAUCUCUCUCAGCUCCAUACCAAGGUAAACCGUUGAUAAAAACUUAAGCAUGGACCUACAACAUCGAAGAAUGAACUGGUGCAGGCCACUAUCAUGAUUCUUUUGAGUAAAAAUCUGAUGAUAAAAAUGGCUUUUCCUCCUUGCUCAGUGUUUGUUGUGGGGUCUUGGAAUGUGUUGCCGAACAGUGACUUGGGGCAGCUUGUCUUUUGUCUUUCUCAUGGCCAUUUUGAAUGUAGAAAGCGCGUGGACCGUAGUUAGGAAAGAACCUUCGGAUCUUCUUUUUCAAUCCACGAAACAAUUUUGUUAAUAUUAGGCCAUUGACAGAAGGCUUGUUUAGCUGUGUUGCACCCUCUCCCUGUGUUCUGGAUGCUCGCAAUGUACAUGGUAAUACUCAAAGUAUAAUAUAAAUGUUGAUUUUCUAUUCGCA